AUGUCUUACACUGCAGACCAGGAAAAGGUAGUGCUAAAGAUACUUUCUUAUAAAGCGCACGAGUACUAUGAGAUUCUUUCAGUUGAACGAACCGCUUCGGAACCAGAGAUCAAGAAAUCAUAUAGGAAGUUAGCUAUUAAGUUACACCCAGAUAAAAAUCAACAUCCUCGGUCAGCUGAAGCAUUCAAAUACUUGAACAAAGCAUGGGAAGUGUUGGGAGACUCCAGUAAACGGAGAAUAUAUGAUCAGACAGGCAGUGAUCCAGAUGCACGGUUCAAUCCCAGUGCUGGAGGUAGCGGUGGUGGAUUUAGUGGUGGAGGUAGAAGUGCGUUCAAUGCAGAAGAUUUAUUUGGAAGUCAUUUCAGAGGAGGAAGAGGUGGAGGAGGAGGUGCCUUUGGUGACGAUGAUAUUUUCAAUUUUUUCUUUGGAGGUAACCAAGGUCAAACAUUUACAUUUGGUAAUAAUGGAUUUACGUUUCAAAGUUUUGGUGGUGGAGGACCCAGAGGAUUUGGAGGUCAACAAGCAAGACAAAGAGCUCAUCAACAACAGCAACGGAAUCAACAACAACAAGCAGAAACUCCAAUGCUGCAGUUUCUACAACAAGUACUUCCAGUACUUUUAGUAUUGGUAGUACCAAUGAUUCUUCAAUUUUUCAGUGGGAAGCAAGUACCUGAGUUUUCCCAUGUACCAACUACACAACAUACGGUAACACGGACCACACCAAACUAUAACAUUCCGUUUUUUGUUACGGAGGGAUUCAAUAAGGAUAAAAAGCUUUCUCGGAGACAAAUGCAAGCCUUUGAUACCAACGCAGAACACAGUAUACUUAAGGAGAAGCGAGCACGAUGCAAUGAGGAAAUGGUUCUUAAGAACGAAUUAAUAGAACAAGCCCAUGGAUGGUUUUCAGUUGAUCAAGAGAAAUUGGCCCACGCACGUUCGAUGGCAAUGCCCAAUUGUGAAUUUUUAAGGGACCUUAAUUUGAUAUGA